AUGGAACCCACGCCGGCGGCUCCGCGCGUCCACCUCCAGUCCCCGCAGACUGCCGUGCCGACGCGGGCGGUCGAGCCUGGGCGGACGCGCCGCAUCGCCGUGGCCGCGCCCCCGCUCCCGGCGGCCGCGCUGCAGCGGCGCACACGCGUGGUGCUCUACUACCGCGCGGACGCUGGAGAGAAGGGGGCCUCACGGCUGUGGGAGGAGGCGAUGUGGACGAAGGAGUCGCUGGGCGAGGCCGUGGCCGACCACCCGGAGAUGGCCGGUCGGCUCCGGCGCCACGCGGACGGGUCAUGGGAGGUGAAGCUGAACGACGCCGGCGUGAGGCUCGUAGAGGCCACGGCGGAGGUCACCCUCGACGAGUUCCUGGAGGCCGUCCAGGACAAGGACCGGGCGUGCAGCUGGGAGGCCGCGCUGGCUCCGUGGGUCGACGUGAACGCGGAGGACCCCGACGUGAGCGCGCUCGUCUACGUGCAGCUGACACGGUUCCAGGGUGACGGAGGCUUCGCCGUGGGCGUGAGCUGCAGCCUGAUGCUGUCCGAUCCCUUGUCACUGGCGAGGUUCCUUGCGUCGUGGGCGCGCACGCACGCCCGGAUGAAGGCUCAGAACGACGUCGCCACCCACCCGCUGAUGCAGUACGCGAGCUACUUCCAGCGCCCGGGCGCCAGGGCCGUGCGCGCGCUCACCAAGUCCAUCCCCCUCGACAGUUUCGCCUCCGGCGACGACGUCCACGCCGCCGAGACCGUCCUCUUCCGAGCCAGACCCACAAACGCCGGCGCGGGCGCACCAGCCGACCACCACGCGCUUGCCGUCGCCUGUGUCGCCCAGGCGAAGGAACGGCUCGGCGCGGCGGGCAAGGUGCCCCUGCAGUUCCCGAUCGUCGUCUUCAACGACAGCGACGGCAAGGGAGGGGUGAGCGUCGAGACGUGCGCAGCGGCGUACGGGCAGCCGCGGGGCGGCGGUCGCGCGGGAUAUAAGGUUGAGGUUGCCCAGUGGCUGGAGCUUGGUCUGGAGGAGCUGGUGCUAAGGGACAGCAAGCCCCUGCACGUGUCGUACAGCAUCCUGAACGGUGGCAGCGAUGGGCUUGCGGUCGUGAUGCCUGACGGCGGCGCUGCCGGUGAGUUCCUGGUCGCCGCGACGGUUCCCAAGUGA